CUCUGCGCGCCUCUAACUCCUCCUAAACAACCAUGGGGGAAAACGACGACAGCGAGAUCAUAGAGCACCAUGUCGAGGAGGAGAUGGAGAAGAAGGCGAGCAGGAGUCACACCGCCUCCUCCUCCUUCCUGGAGAGUGUCACUCCGUCCGACAGGGAGGGCCACAGCGGCACCCAGUCCUCCCACAGACUGCUGGCCUACAGCGAUGCGCUCAUCUCCAUCAUAGCCACCGUCAUGAUAUUACCUGUCGCUCAUACGAAGGUGGAAGAUAACGAGGAGCUCAGACAAAGUGUUCAAGCCCUGCUGACGACAAAGAUCGGCGUUUACUUAAUGACGUUUCUAAUUGUGACUGUUGCGUGGGCGGCUCAUAUCAGGUUAUUUCAGGUGAUCGUGAGGAUUGAUGACUGCCUCGCUCUGCUCAACCUCGCCUGCAUGAUGCUGAUAACCUUCCUACCGUACACAUUCUCUCUGAUGGCGACGUUCCCUGAACACAUCCUCGGGAUUUUACUGUUCUGUGGUUGUGUGAUGGUGAUGGGAGUCAUUCAGUCUCUGAUCGUGUUGUACGCCUUCAGUCGUCCCUUCCUUCUGAACGAGCAGAUCCAGAUCUCGGAGAACCAGACGUUCUACAAACAACACAUACUCAAAGUCAUCAUGAGGGUUCCUAUCAUGUGUUUAUUUGCCAGCAUCUUCUCCUUCAUCUUCUUCCAGCUGUCGUACGUGCUGUUAGCCAUCGUCAUCUUCCUGCCGUACAUCUCCCAGAGUCUGAAGUGGUGUCGUAACAAAGCCAUCGGUCAGGUGGAGGAGACUCCAGACUCCAUGUUGUUCUACACAUACCUGCCCAACGAACCCCUCACUAAAGAGCGAGUGGAGGCUUUCAGUGACGGAGUUUAUGCCAUCGUAGCGACGCUUCUCAUCCUGGAUAUAUGCGAAGACAACGUUCCCGAUCCAUCGGUCGUCCAGAAGCAGUUCGGCGGCAGCUUGAUCGCGGCUCUGCAGUCCUACGGUCCCGAGUACCUCGCCUACUUCGGCUCCUUUGCCACCGUCGGCCUCCUCUGGUUCGUCCACCACUCACUCUUCCUCCACGUUACCAAGACGACACGCCUCAUGGGCCUGCUCAACACUUUGUCUUUGGCGUUUGUUGGAGGUUUGCCGUUAGCAUACCAGCUAACGCACGAAUUCCCGCACAACUCCCGCAACGAACUGGAAGCCAUUCAGAUUAGCUGCGUCAUCAUUUUCUUCGCAGGCAUUUUUCAGCUCACGAUUUGGGUGGUCGCUCUGUAUAACGAACAGGAAACCCUGCACCCGUAUGUACGCUAUGGCGGACGCGAACACGUGUUUAUGCUAGCCAAGCUGGCGUUGUACCCCUGCGUAGCUUUGGGGACGUUUUUCCUCACGUGCAUUUUGAGUAAAUUUAGCGCCUCGAUUUUCCACCUGAUGGAAAUCACGGUGCCUUUUGCUUUUCUUGUGUUGAGGCUGUUGGUGCGCGUCGGGCUAGCGUUGCUACGGCUAAUUUUCUGCCCCGAAAGAUCCGACCCAAAGACUGCGAUAGAAGAGGAGGAGGAGGAGGCGAGAGUGCCCUUCAACCCUAUCGUUACUUAGCUACGAAAGGAAAGAAGUGCCACUAUAUGAAAUUAAGAUAAUCGUGAGG